GCAAUAUCUAACAAUCAUCAUCCUCACAGCGACGCGGCUCCCAAGCGCAGAUGGACGGUCCAUAGCCCACGAUGCGGCAUCAAUUGACCCUCCUGCUUUCUGUGCUCUGUUCCCUUGUGAUACCCAUAUCCUCCGCGUCCGACUACCAUGAACAGCUGGUCCUGAAGCCGCUGCCCCUGUCCGCCCUGCUCGCCAGCUUCAACUUCCGGUCCAACACCACUGUUUCCGAGUUCGAGGCGCAUAACUUUCGGUUCUUCCCGCGGUCUCUUGGACAGAUCUUGGAAUAUUCAGGCACGAAGGAACUGCAUCUGCGGUUCAGUCUCGGAAGAUGGGACGCUGAGAGCUGGGGCGUGCGGCCAUGGGGCGGUACGAGGGAAGGGGGCACUGGGGUCGAGCUGUGGGCGUGGCUGGAAGCAGAUACUGAAGAGGAGGCCGAUCGCAAGUGGCUGACACUCACGAACGCGCUGUCUGGCCUCUUCUGCGCCUCCUUGAAUUUUAUAGACGGAACGCGAACGACACGGCCAGUCAUGUCCUUCCAGCCUGAGGGCGACCACGCAGAUGUGACAACCCCGAACCUACAUCUACUACAUGGAACACUGCCGAGAGAGGUGGUCUGCACCGAGAACCUGACUCCUUUCCUCAAGCUGUUGCCGUGCAAGGGAAAGGCCGGCAUCGCAAGUCUGCUUGACGGACAUAAGCUGUUUGACUCAUCAUGGCAGAGCAUGGCUAUCGAUGUCAAGCCAGUGUGCCCCGAGGAAGGCGAUUGUGUGCUAGAGAUUGAGCAGUCCAUUGAUAUGGUGCUUGACAUUGAACGUUCGAGACGGCCAAGGGACAACCCGAUCCCCCGCCCGCCUCCAGGUCAUGAACUGAAAUGCAACACGUCCAAAUCAUAUCACUCCGACGACACGUGCUUUCCCGUAGAGUAUAGCGUAGGUCAAGAGUGGUCUAUAUCCAACAUCUUUGGGAAGAGUAUUCAGGGGAGCUGUCCCCUGGCUGAUGCAGAGGUGCCGCCGGUCUGUCUUGAGCUCCCAGACAGCCGCCCUGUGUGGGUGUCGGAAGGUGUUCAAGAGAUCAGAGUUGGCGAUGGUCGGUCACGGUGCUACAAGGGCAGUCCUGAGACCAUGAUCGAGCUAUAUCUCCCACAGGUGGAGGGGGAAGGAGAGGCAGCCCGCACUGGCGCAGAUCAGUUCCUGCAGCCUGAUGUUCCGCCGCUGUAUGCCGAGCGUAGCUUGACAGGCCACGGCCAAGAGCGCGGCGGUGUCCAGACCAUCCUCACGAACCCUAGCGACACAGAGAGCGUCGAGUUCGUCUACAUGGAGUCGCUGCCCUGGUUCAUGCGCAUUUACCUGCACACUCUCGAGGCCCGUGUGACCGACACACCCAGUGGCAAGCACGAGAACGUCAUUCAGGAUAUCUACUACCGCCCCGCCCUAGACCGGACGCGAGGCACGCAGCUUGAGGUCAAGCUCCGCAUCCCGCCCAAGUCCACCGUCUUCCUCACCUACGACUUCGAGAAGUCCAUCCUGCGGUACACCGAGUAUCCGCCAGAUGCCAAUAGGGGCUUCGACGUCCCUGGCGCAGUCAUCACGAUCCUCAGCGGCGCGUCGACGACGUCCAACCUUCGCACUACGGCGCUGCUCCUCAACCUGCCCACUCCGGACUUCAGCAUGCCGUACAACGUCAUCAUAUUUACGUCCACGGCCAUUGCGCUGGCGUUUGGUGGCAUGUUCAACUUGCUAGUCAGGCGCUUCGUGGCUGCUGAUGAGGGCCCAGAGAUGACCCUUACCAGGCUAAGAAAUAGACUCAAGGAGAGGUUUGCAAAAGGCAAAGGGAAACAAGUAAUUAGGAAGGGUGGUUCUCUUUAAUUAUGGAGACACAGGGCGGGUGCAAUGGAGUUAUUUCUCAUCUGGACCUUGAUAUUCAAAUUCGCGUGGUCUCAUCCCAUCCAGCCAUAUGUUCAUCUCUCCAAUGCUCAAGAUCGACUUUGCUAUAAACUCUAUUCGAUGUUUGCGGUCUCAGUAUGCAUUCCUGCAACAAUCAAAAGCCGCUUCUCACCUG